GGUCCUUGAGUCUGCGAUUCACGACGAGGACUGGCGCUCAAGAACGCGAGUAGAGCACCUCCAGUACACAUUGCUCAAAUGGCUCUUCGUCCUGCUUGUUGGCGCUGCAACGGGAGCUGUCGCUUUUUUCAUAAACAUGGGUGUCGAGAACAUCGCAGGCUUCAAGUACCAGAUGGUCCGUAAAUACAUGAAGACCGAAAGUUUGUUUGCAGGCUUUCUAAUCCUAGUGUGCUCCGACGUCUCUCUCGUCCUCUUCUCCUCGGUCCUCUGUAAUGUAAUUUCGAUGGAAGCUGCCGGUUCUGGUAUCCCGGACGUCAAAGCGUAUCUCAACGGAGUAGACGCACCAAGAAUAUUUGCAGCCAAGACACUGUUUGUCAAGAUCUUCGGAAGUAUAGGCUCUAUCGCUGGUGGUCUUGCAGUGGGAAAGGAAGGUCCGCUUGUUCACACAGGGGCGUGUAUUGCAAACGUUCUUGGUCAAGGUGGCUCCCGGAAGUACCAUCUCACGUGGAAAUGGUUGCGGUACUUCAAGAAUGACAGGGACCGGAGGGAUCUAGUGACAUGUGGUGCUGCAGCAGGUGUUGCUGGUGCCUUUAGAGCUCCUGUGGGUGGUGUGCUCUUUGCCCUGGAAGAAGCAACCUCUUGGUGGCGAAGUGCCCUUCUCUGGCGAGUCUUUUUCACAAAUGCCGUUGUGGCCAUGGUCGUCCGUGCUCUCAUGACCUAUUGUGCCAAUGGACACUGUGGGCUUUACAAUGGCGGAGGGUUUAUCAUAUUUGAUCAUACAGAGGCGAAAACGGAGUUUGGUGUGGUGGAAAUGUUUCCAGUCAUUGGGUUGGGAAUCAUUGGAGGAAUUGCGGGGAGCAUUUUUAACCAGCUUAACCUCUCGCUAUGCAAGUUGAGACAGCAAGGAAGCAGGCGUGGAGUAUGGAAAAUUGUGGAGGCAUGUGCAGUGGCAGCGUUGACAUCCGCAGUUAGAUUCUCCGUGCCGUUCCUGGUCAAGUGUCAGCAAUGCCCGGAUGGGAUUGAAUGCCCCAGCAAGACAGAGAUGGGGUAUUACAAGAGCUUCACUUGCCCGCCGGGCCACUACAACGACAUGGCUGGCCUGCUGUUUACACCCAACGAUGAUUCCAUUCGAAGCCUUCUCAGCAGCGGAACCCAUCAUGCAUUUUC